AUGCAAGGAGAGUCCUCCAACGACAUGUUCUGGGGAUCGGUCGACAUUGGGGACCUCGAGCCUACGCCUCUCAGUGGCUCCCUGGAAGACCAAGUCAUCCCUCCCAACCUCGAGGAGGGUGGGGACUUCGACAUGCCGGUGGAAGACUUCUUGGACCUAGACCCGUUCCCGCUGGAAGGCAUGCCCCUGGAAGGAGACGAUUGGCUGUCGACGCAAAGCCUUCCCGAAGGUAGCGGCAACAAGCCCGGCGGGUCCCCGCGGGCGGGCAACGUUUCGAUGGACUCCUCCGCGGUCGGCGGCAGCGGGGGCGCCUCGACGCGACCUGGUGCCUACGUGCCACCCCCCGGGGCCCUCGGGGCUUCGGGCGCUGGUGGCCUGGCGGUGUCUUCUGGCCUGCAGCAGCAGCAGCAGCAAGGCCUGCCGCAGCUGCAGACCCAGCUGUCUGUCGGUGGGCUCACCCCGCUCGGCAACGGUGCUUCCGGUGUCGCACCCAUCAACCCCGCCGACCCUAUCCCGGAGGGCAACCCGGCGCUCCUGCAGAACGUCAUCAACCACCAGCUUGGGCCCAUGCCGCGCCUCCUGAACGGCCUCGUCUCGGGCUGCACGGUGGUUGUGCCCGCGCCCUCGGUGGCCGCCGUUCCUCCGGCCGGUGGCGGCAGCCGCGGGAGCGGGACCGCACAGGACGGCACGGCGGCGGCGGCCGCAGCGGCGGGGGCGGCCCCGCCUGCAUUCAGCAACAAGCGCACGAAGGACGAGUGCGGCGACGGCGACGACGGCAGGCCGGAAAAGAAGAUGGCUCUCGGUGGUGGCGGCGGCGGGGACAGGAGUGGAUCUUCAUCUCCAACGAUGUCGCCCUCGAUGGCCGCCGCGGCUGCCGCGGCCGCGGCUGCCGCCACGUCUGGAUCGAACGACGCGAUGCUGGGUUCGGAAAAUGGGGGGGGGGCGUCCUCGUCGCCGGCCACGGCGGCGCCCCCGGCAUCAUCGAACCUGCUGGCGCGACCGGCCUCGGCGGAUUUUCGCCACGGGGGGGGCGAGGAGCUGAUGGCCCGGUUAAAGGCGAAGGUAGGGCGGCUUUUCUCCCUUAGUGCCGAGUACACCCACGUCAGAACGGGGGUCGUGCCGGAGAACGGCUCCCCAGCCGCCCUUGGUGGAGGUGAAGUGGGGAAGAAGCAGGAAGCUGGCCUAACGAACGGCGGCGCCGCUGCGUCGGUCGCGGCGACGACAACAACGGUCGGAACGACGACGGCAGGAGACGUCAAGUCCGACGUUGGCGGCGGUGGCCUCCGGAGGGUGCUCGCCCGCGUGAAGGCCGUGCGAGCGGGGCACUUCGUGGUGCACAUCAAGUUCGAUGUCGCCGGCAGCAACGAGUGCCGCCCGUGCGACGUGUCGGUGCUCUCCUGGAACGAGGCACAGGAAGGCGAGAGCGCCUCCACCGGCGGUGCAGAUGCCCGUGUCAAGGUUGAAGGCGGUGGGCAAUCAGGCGGUGGUUUCAUGGAUACCGUGCAUGGUUCCAAGCCGUGGCGGACAUCGCAGCACACCGCCUUCGUCCGCGUUUCGGGACACGCCUUCCAGGCGCUGCACGGUUACGUCAACAAGCGGACAGACGGGAACGUCGGGGAAGCCCUGGUGUCGUUCUUGACCUGGAUGGCAAACUACGACCGCGUCUUCCAGGACCCUUGCACGAUCGCCAACAAGCUCGUUGCCACCGACUCCGGCACGGGAGAACCCCUCCCCCCGACCCUCAGAACGCCUGACGGCUCGGCGCUCUUGGCUGAGAGCUUGGCGGGAACGCCGCAGCGGGAGCCGCAGAGCCCGGCUUCUUCUCAGGCUGCGUCCGCCGCCGCCGCCGCCGGCACGGGCGUUGCAACGGCCGAAGCAUGA